AUUUAAAAUUUGAAGAUGGAAAAGUAAACAACAUGGCGUCGGUUUUGUCAGAGGAUUCUGUCGACAAUUUUUCAGAUUAUUCCCAAUUUUCAAUAGUUUGGGAUGAAAACCUUAGUGAAAAAAGUGAUAAUAAUGAUAUUCCCUCAUUACCAAUAGAAAAAACUGAAAAUUUAGUUAAUAAUGUAUUAAAUAGACAGUUGUACGGUCGAUUUUCCAAAAAUCCCAAAGCGAAAACUGAAAGAAUAUUUAAUAGUAUUCAUCAGAAAUGUAGAUAUGCGUUAAGCUCAUUAAUAAAAGACCCGGAUUCUUUUAAUCACAUUUACAUGGGGUUUACUAUGUGCGGGCAGUAUUUUAUAAGUUAUACAGAGAAAUUAUGUGAAGAAUUAGGUCCUCUACAUUUUGUCACUUCAUAUGAAUAUGAAUUAUUCUUGUGGAGAUUUGUUCCUGGGAAAAAACUUCAGUUUAUAUCGAAACAUAAAAUAUUUAAACAUUUAAAAGGUUCAGACGCUGUCGAUAAGAUAAUGUUCAUGCAAUUUCCCAGAGAUUUAUAUAAAAUAGUUUGUUAUGGACUCACUGCAACCAAUCCUGAUUUAGUUCACAUUACGAUUUUGACUUUGCCUGCACCAAAAAAUUGCAAACAUUGUUCCAGAAUAUUUUCUCCAAUAGAUGAAUCCGUUAAUCAGGGUUGGUGUACAAAACACGGAUUCGUAGUCCAUUAUAUGAUUUCAAUGUCUCAACCGACUCCACCUUUCGAUCCCAACAUUUCCUUGGCCUAUCCCAAUCAUCUAGUUAUAAAUACCGGUCAUCACAUCCACAUACUCAACGUCACAACUUCAGAACCGCCCCAACUCACAAUUUCCCUGUUGAAUUUAACGAAAGACGACGACAAAAUCACCAACACCCCGACGCACACUUUUAACGAUACCCUAAGCGAAGUUUCCGAAACUCCCAGCGAACAUUUCGGUACUAGUAGCAUAGUAGACGCCAUAUUAGAAGAUUUUAGCGAAUACGAUUUGGAAUCGAACGAAUGUAAUAAACCUUUUCACGAGCUGAACAUCAGCUGCGAACCAUUGAAUGUUACCGGAAAAAGUUAUCACAAUACGUUAGUUCAAAAUAUCGUCGAUCCGAGAGUGAAACGUUUACAGACCAACAACAAAGAUUAUUUAUUUUCUAUACCCCAAACAUCGAAUACGCAAAAAAGUACGGAAAAAUCGAAGAUCGAUAAGAAAAUAGCGGAAAAGGCGUACGAAUUCAUAGAAGAAAACGAAAAAUACGAAAAGAUCAGUUCGUUCAGAAAGAAGCGUCUGGCAGAAAAGAAAUACGAAUUUUCUGAGGAUAACAGCGAAAAUAUAGUUCCUUUUAAUUCGUUACGAAGGGAACGUAGAUACCUUUAUAGAUCUCAAAAUAAAUGUAUCCGAUCGCCGGAUUUUAAUUCGUUAUUUUUGAGUCCGAAAUCUAGCGGUCUAAGGUCCCCUAUGCAAUCGCCCAAAUCUAGAAACGGUCAAUUUUCGCCGAGCGGCGCUCGUAACCUUUACUGUCCUUCGUUACGUAACUCGCCUCAUCAUUCCAAAUCUCCCAUCAGUCCCAAAGAGUCUGCCAGGAAAUUUUACGUCUAUUCGCCGAGUUUGGACAGCGAUUGUUCCGAUUCGGAUUCGAGGCUUAUUAUGAGAAUGUCCGGAAACGUUUCUACGGCGGGCGAUAGUAAAUUUAGUAAUACCGGAUUGUUGAUUGUCGAUCCUAAAGUCGAAACGCCGAAAUGGAUUAAGAAAGUCGUUAGGAGGUACUCGAAUGGUGAUUUCGAAAACGGGUCGUUGGUGUCCGGUCAGAGUAGAGAUGACUAUAAUAUUCCUAUAGAAAUACCUCUGUUAGUUCAAAAUCUUACCGAACAACAUUUAGAUUUAGUGCCGGAUUUUACGGAACAUCUGACUGAAGUACAAUUAAUUGUAACGCAAAGAUCGUUCGAUUGCGAACAAUUCGUCCAACGCCGAGCUCAGAAACUGUGUUCAGAAGCACAGCUAGAUUUUAUGCAUUGCGAAGACUACGAUAUUAAAAUUAUACAUAUUUGUCCAAUCAACGGCCAUAUAAUUUGUCAUGCCAUAAUAAAAAUAGGUGCUGUUAAAAAUCCGAGCGGGAAACUGGAACAUUUUUCCGCUAAUUUCCUAUUCACUUGGAGUAUAGAAAGUGACGCUUUCGAUAUUAUAGAUCACAAAGAACCAACGAAAUUAUUACCAGCAGACGAAUUGAUCGAUACUCCAGACUACGAUAUACCCAGAUGUAAAGAAGUACUUGUUAUGGAUUAUUGUUAUGCCGCCUCUAAAACGAGUCUCAGGGAUUUAAAUAAUUAUUACGAAAUUUGUUUGGGUUCGACGCAUAUCGCUAUUAGGUCGCAUGCUUUCGUGACGCAAGGAUAUUCGAGCGAUAGCGAUUGAUUUAUUUGUUAAACAGUCUGGAGAUGAAAAUCGAUUUGUAUAGGGUGAAGUUUGGAGGAAAAAAAUUAAAUUUCAAACAGGUAAACUAAUUUUUCUUUGUUUAUAUUCGAUCAUUGCAUUUGUAAUUGGUUCGAAUUUUCGUUUUGAAUUGGAAUAUGCUUCAUUCAUUCAAGUAUCUAGAUAUUUAAUUUAAUUUUUUUACUAAAAAAUUUUGGCAGCUUCUCUUCGAGAAUGUAUUAACACAUCGACUGCCAACACAAUUUUUAUAAAUUUAAUUGAAUCGUAUUAAAUCGAUAUAAAUACUGCCCUUUACUUAUUUAAUUUAUUAAAACACUUUACACUACACUUAAAUUUAUUUAAAUUCUUCGGUUACUUUUCUAUUUCCGUUUACUAUGAUUAUUUAUUAUAAACUAACUCCGCUAAACAUGCUCGGUUUAUAUAGCAGAAAAGAUAUUUCUAGAAUUCUAGAAAAUAAACAAAUGAAUGACAAGACCUUACUAGAAAUUAGUUCAAAAAAAACGUACCAUAAACAACUCAACGCUGUUUAUAAAAAGAUAUACACAAACGAUUUGGAGUAUUCGCCAAAUUUUAAAAUUCCAUCAUAACCGGACAGGACAGGCUUCACGAUCUACGUCGUGGACUUAUUCGUAACAAUACUCAAUAUGCAUCAUGUUUUUCCAUUUAUUUUUUUGAUAGUAGGUGAGUGCUUGAAAUAAAACAAAAAAAUUAAUUAUAAUAACAUAAAAUCAAUUCUUGUUUAACACCUAGUGAUGGAUAAAUACUAUACAACAUAAAAAUAACUUUAAAUGUAAAAAUUAAUAAGAUUACUUUUUAUGGCACUCGUUGCACAGUCCAAUGAACUAAGUGGCUUAAAAACGCCUCUGGUGAUGCAUCAUUUUUAUAGUGUUCCAGGCAUCAAACAAAAAAUCAUGAAACCAUCUGACAUGUUAUUGAUUUCAAAAUUAAUUUUUGUUUUUUUUAUUGCACCCUGGGUUUAGGCGUUCGUGUGUAUUUCACACUUAUGCACAUAUGGUAGUUUUUCUUAGUUUGAUUAGGGAAGGGGGGCAUAAAAUAUGUUAUUUCGUGGUUGGCAGUCAACGUGUUAGUUUCAAAUACGUAUACGUGUAACUUUAUAUGGACAAUUAUUGUAAUUUAAAAAAAAAGUUGCAAUUCUAUAUGAAAUUUAGGUAUAAAUAAUCUCGUCCUGAAAGUUUUUCUUCUCCAGUCUGCAGUACUAAACCAAUCUCAGUUUUAUAAAGAAAUAUCAUCGAAAAGUAAUCAUUAAAUUUAACACACUGUAUAUUUCACCAUAAUAAACAGUAAAUUUUGUUUUAAAUAUACUUAAUUGUAAUUAUCAAAAGUAAAUAUUAAUUUAAAAGUUUGUAUCUGUUGAAAUUAGUGUUUUUUGACACUUACACUUCCUCUAACAAAUCAAAAUAUUAUUUUCCUGCUCAGGUAACGCAAAUUGGUGUUAAUUUUUGGUAAAAAAAUGUUUUACUAGGAUGAUAUUUCUUAUUUAUAGUACUCGAUUAAUUUAUUGAUAUUUUUAAUAUUUUUUUAAAAAAUUAAAUUUUUUUAUAUAAUUAAUCGUGACGCCAUUCGAAAUUUUAUGUAUAUUUAUGUAUCCUAAGUUACUAAAUAGUAAUAAGUUGAACUGUGAUUUUACGAUUGUGAAGUUUUAAAAUAAAAAAUAAUUAAAUAUUUA